AUGGAAGGCAGUGUUCGUUGUUCGGCAAAUUACGUUCCUCUUUCACCGAUAAGCUUUUUGGAACGUGCUGCUAACGUUUAUGGAGAUCAAGUCUCUAUCGUUUAUGGGGAUCAAGUGAAGUUCACGUGGAAAGAGACAUUUGAACGAUGUGUUAAGCUCGCUUCUACCCUCGUGACACACUUAGGAGUUUCUCGUGGUGAUAUUGUGGCUGCAUUGGCACCAAAUGUUCCCGAGCUGUAUGAGUUACAAUUCGGAGUUCCGAUGGCGGGUGGGGUUCUUUCUAAUAUAAACCCGCAAUACGAUUCGAAAACAGUGUCGCGCUUACUUGAACAUUCAAAUGCUAAGGUUGUAUUUGUUGAUCAUGAGUCCUUGGAUGCUGUCGAGGAAGCAAUCGAAAUCUUGGCAAGGAAAACAUCAGAUCUUCCGAAAAUUAUCUUAAUCUCAGAUGCUGACAAGUCUUUAUCGAUUGCUCCGACUUGUAAUCACGUGAUUUUCGAAUAUAAGGAUUUGUUAUAUUCGGGAAGUCUUGAAUUUGAUAUCAAACGUCCAAUUGAUGAAUGUGAUGCAAUCGCGGUCACCUUUACGUCUGGCACGACAGGUAAUUCGAAAGGUGUGGUAUAUAGUCAUAGAGGUGCAUAUCUCAAUUCUCUCGCGGCGGCUUUGACAAUGGAAAUGCAUUCUAUGCCGGUGUUUUUAUGGUCCAUGCCUAUGUUUCACUGCAACGGAUGGUGUUUUCCGUGGGCCAUGGCAGCGCAAGGCGGAAAGAACGUGUGUAUGAGGGUCGCCUCCGAAAAGAACAUUUUUGAAUCGAUUGCACGACACCAUGUGACACACAUGGGUGGUGCACCCACAGUUUUGAACAUGAUUACCAAUGCUUCACCUGUUGACAUUAUUCCAAUUUCAGGGACGUCCGUGAAGGUCAUGACAGGUGGCUCACCUCCUCCUCCUCAAGUCAUUUUGAAAAUGGAGGAAUUGGGGUUUAAGGUUUACAGUUGUUUUGGGUGCACUGAGUGCUACGGUCCAGCGACCGUUUGCACUUGGAAACCAGAGUGGGCUUCCUUACCUCCAGAAACGCAGGCGAGCCUCAAGGCUCGCCAUGGACUAAACCAUGUUGGUAUGCAGGAAAUAGAUGUGAAGGAUCCCAUUACCAUGAAAAGCGUACCAAAAGAUGCUAAAACGCUCGGUGAGGUUAUGCUUAGAGGCAACACGAUAAUGUGUGGAUACUUUAAAAAUGCUAAAGCAACUGAAAACGUAUUUAAAGGUGGAUGGUAUAGAAGUGGGGAUUUAGGUGUUAUACACCCCGAUGGUUACAUACAAGUAAAAGAUCGGUGUAUUGACGGUAUUGUGUCCUCGGGCCAGUAUAUUAGCUCUAUCAGCAUCGAGGUUGUGCUCUUUGGUCAUCCAAAAGUGUUUGAGGCCGCAGUUGUUGGAGCCCCAGAUGAUCAUUUUGGUGAGGUGCCAUGUGCGUUUGUGAAGUUGAAGGACGGACAUAACGCCGAUGCCGAUGAAAUUAUUGAGUAUUGUCGGACUCGACUACCUGAAAACAUGACUCUGAAGAUGGUUGUGUUUGAAGAUUUACCGAAAACGGCAACGGGGAAAACACAAAAGGUCAUUUUGAGGGAAAAGGCCAAAAUGUUGUAUGCCCAAAAGUGA